GAACUGUGGGCAGAAUCUGUCAAACGCCUCUUUCUUAGAAAUCUACCCGACGGCCAUUCUCUCUCUCUCUCUCUCUCUCUCUCCAGAUUACUGUAAAAGAUGGCAGCACAUAAUCGUCGUAGAUCUGAGGCGGAGGUAACAAGGGAACGUUCAUCGUCCGAGGAAGAAGAAGAAUCGACGGAAGAUCUAGCAGAAGAAGAAGAAUCUGAUACGGAAUCAGAAGGAGAUAAGAACAACAACCCACCUCCACCAAAGAAGCAAUUAGCCUCUCUGCCUCAGCAUUCGUCUUCUGACGACGAUACUGAAUCUGAUUCUGAAAUGGAUUUACAACCUAACCCAAUUCGCAAAUCAGCUCCGACGGAAGUAAAGCCUGUAUCUUUAAAGCCGAUGGGAGAACCCUCACAAGCUUUGAAGAAAUCCAGAUCUAAACCAGUUACUGAGGUUCAGCCUUCUGGGGUUUCUUCUAAGAGGCCGGCUGAUUCCCCUGCUCCAAAGAAGGGAAAGGAUUCCAAAAGGGCGAAGAACGCUGAUGAGGCUGUAGAAUAUGAAAAGUUGAAGACUACAGUUGAUGACCCAAAAAAACAGCUAUUUCAGAGGUUAUGGAGUGAGGAUGAUGAAAUUGCAAUCAUGAAAGGAAUGAUCGAGUACGGUGAAAAACAAGGGAUUGAUCCUGCUUCAGUGGACAUGAGUUCUUUCUAUGACUUUAUCAGGAAGUCACUUCAUAUUGAUGCUAGCAAGAGCCAAUUGACGGAAAAAAUAAGGAGGCUUAAGAAGAAGUAUCAUACAAAUCUCAAGAAAAGCAAGAAUGGUGGUGAUAGAACUUUCUCAAAAGUCCACGACCAAACAGGUUACGAUCUGUCUAAACAGAUAUGGGGAAUUGAAUCUAAUGGAAGUUAUAGCGCCAAGGUUUCUAAGAAGGGGAAGAAUGUUGACGCUAAAGCUAAAAAUGCUAACUUGGGUUCUCCUAACCUGGAAAAGAGUUUGGUCACUGAUAAAGCAAAAGGGCAAAAGAAUGUAGAUAUGGAGGUUGAUCAUGCUGCUGCUACUGUUGCUGUUGCUGCUGCUGCUACUCCAUUCAGUGUUGAAGAUUUCUAUAGACAAGCAGGAGACUCAAGCUUGGAGAAGGGAAUUAUGAAAUACGGGUCACAAUUGAUAACAGGUGCAAAGAAGUUAGAAUUGGACUAUAAAUUGAAGCAGUUACAGAUGAAGGAGAUAGAGGUAUACCUGCAACGUCUCGACUAUAUGCGUGAGCAGGCAGUUCUUGUGCUGGAAACAUUAAAAUCCUCCACAAACUAAUUCAGAGGGUUUGGUGAAGUAGCAGUUGGAUCAUGGUUGGUAGGUUGAGUUAAUUGUAGUGGUGUUGUAUGUUGGAAAUUAAUUUGUUUUAUGCAAAAUUAUCAGAAGUCUUUUUUUUAAUAAGAUAUUAGGUCUUAAAAUUUAAUGGCUAGGCCAUUUGCUGCUUUCAUUUUAAGAACAUGUUUUGCCUUCUUAUUAUGGAUAUAUUAUUAUUCUUUUCCUUUCA